UACCACUUGGAGAGUUUAUUGCACUGUCAGUAUAACGUAGCCUAAAAUGUGUUAUGGUGGCUUUAUCGGACAGUUUUAUUUCCCUGGCUGGGCGAAGGACAGCUAUUAUAUACCUGGAUGAAUUGUCGACACUGUAUUUUAACUCGGGAAUGCAUAUUGUGGACUAGCAGUUGCAUUUAGGAUAUUUGUUUUUCCUUAUUCUGACCAUGUAGAAGUGUUGAAAUGCACACGACAGUGGAUUCGGUUCCGCUUAUAAAUACUGUAUUUAAUAAUUACGGUAGUUCCGUGCUACAUGUUUUUUUUAUUCGAUGCGUUUAGUUGAUGGCGACAGUUUUAUGUGACUCAACUCAACUUCUUCACCUGCGGUUGUUCCUUUUGAACACGGUCAGCUUGAAGACAACGGUUUUACACACCACGAACUGUCAUUGAACAACCAUCCCGAAGGGGGUUACAAGAGAGUGGAACUUACUUUCUAAAACUUUGUAAUACCUCAACCAAAUUAUGACUUCGGUUUGGAAAAGAUUACAACGCGUUGGCAAGAAAGCUUCAAAAUUCCAGUUUGUGGCGUCUUAUCAAGAACUUGUGUUGGAAUGCACGAAGAAAUGGCAACCCGAUAAAGUCAGGGUGGUUUGGACCAGAAGAAAUAGGCGUAUGUGCUCUAAGCUUCAUGGAUGGCAGCCGGGCAUCAAGAACCCCUACAGGGGGAUGGUGGUUUGGCCCGUACCUGAAAAUGUGGAUAUCUCCCUCACACUCUUCAGGGAUCCCCAUUCUGAUGUGUUUGAAGACAAAGACUGGACAUUUGUCAUUGAGAGUGAGACAAAGGGUCAACGUAAGGUCUUGGCUGCAGUGGACGUGAAUAUGAAGAAGUUUGCCAGUGCCACUCCCACUCAGCAAGACCUGACAUUGAAGCUGAAGCCCAUGUCUGUCAAGGUGCUAGAGGCCACUCUGAAGCUCUCCCUGUCCUGUGUGUUUCUCAGAGAGGGGAAAGCCACUGACGAAGACAUGCAGAGCCUGGCCAGUCUGAUGAGUGUCAAACCCACAGACAUCGGUAACCUUGACGACUUCAACGAGAGUGAUGAGGAGGAAGACAGGAGGUCUAGUGCUGGAGCUAGCAUUAGCAAAGCUGCCGCAGAGAUACAGAGGGAGUUGAAGACUCUCACAGAAGAGGACUACCACAGUCCUACUCUUGGUCCGAAACUGUCAGAGCAGCAGACGGCGUCUGUGUCCAGUGAGACCGUUCCCCUGGCUCUGAGAGGGGAUGAGUCUCCUCACUCCCCCAGGACCGUUGGUGCCAUCAAGAUCACGAACCAACAAGCCUCUGCUGAGAAAGCUGUGGGGUUGAAAGAUGCCAGUACUAUUAAAGGUUCUGGGCAAGAUGUCGACCCAGCAACUGGUGUUCCUGGCCCUAUUCACACAGAAGUCUCAGCAGAGCUUAUUCCAGCGCUCCCUCCUCCAUGGCCUUUCUCUAGCCCAGAGACAGAAGCACCAGAGAGCACUACCCCUAAAGAGCCUUCUACCAACAUCAUGGGAGCUUUUAGUGCUGAUAACAUGCCAUUGGCUGAAAAAAAGCCUGACUUUAAACAGAAAUCCAAUGAGACCAAAGAAGUGCCUUCUCAACCUGCCAAACCAGAGGACAACUCUGCCUCAACCCCGGGUGAAAAACCUUUUAGUGCAGACAAGCCGCCAUUGGCUGAGCUCGACCUUGAUGACAUAAUCAUAGAGACGCCUGAUCCGUCAGUCAUGGCCGGUAACUUAUUUUUGGAGGACAAUGCAAAUGAAGAAACAUCAAAAGUGGGCGCAGUAAAGAGGUCACCAUUCAGCACCUUGAUGACUGGAAUGGAUCAUCAGGAUGGAAGUGUUGAACGGACAGCUGAUCCAGAGUCAACUGGAGUGCCAACAUCAAUGGAGCUCCACGUAGAGCACGGUCCAGUUGACACAAAGACACUUCCAGAGAUUGGAAACAUCACGUGUGGAGAUGCAGCUGAGAAGCACGCCAAAGGCCUAGAGCACCCCGUUGAUAAGAAGCACGGGAAACAGAGCCCAGUGCCUCAAUCACCUUGUUUAUAUGACCUCAACAGGUCAGAUGAAGACAAGGACAUUUUGAAAAACAUGGCAGCUCUGAAGGCAGGUCCUCCCAGCAAAGACAAGGAAAUUAUGAAAAGCAUGGCUGCCCUGAAGGCAGGUCCUCCCAGCAAAGACAAGGAAAUUAUGAAAAGCAUGGCUGCCCUGAAGGCAGGUCCUCCCAGCAAAGACAAGGAAAUUAUGAAAAACAUGGCUGCUCUGAAGGCAGGUCCUCCCAGCAAAGACAAGGAAAUUAUGAAAAGCAUGGCUGCCCUGAAGGCAGGUCCUCCCAGCAAAGACAAGGAAAUUAUGAAAAGCAUGGCUGCCCUGAAGGCAGGUCCUCCCAGCAAAGACAAGGAAAUGAAAAUGCCAAUCAAAGCGAAAAGGCCGUCAUGGACUGAGGAGGUUAUGGGCUCCAAAGAGAAUGAUAAGAAACAGAUGGACCAUCAACCCCGGGAUGAGAAGGCCUCAUUAUCACAAGCUGAUGAGCACAAAUCAGCCACUCUAGAAGUUCAAGUGAACAAGAGUGUAGAGGAGUCACAUAGUUCUGAAUGGAACGCAGCGAAAGAGGAAGCAGGCUUUUUGGAAGAACACAGAAGAGAUGCUAACUGUGUUCUGAAAGAGCGCUCAGACAACGAUGUUAAACCAGAAGCUGCUAUUAUCAGAGUUGAGGGUCACAAGCAAAUCAUCUCAGAUGAAUCAGAGCUGCUCCAGAUGCCAGCUACCCCAGAGCCCACUGCCCAGUAUUCUGCUUCCCCAGAGCCCACUGCCCAGUAUUCUGCUACCCCAGAGCCCACUGCCCAGUAUUCUGCUUCCCCAGAGCCCACUACCCAGUAUUCUGCUUCCCCAGAGCCCACUGCCCAGUAUUCUGCUUCCCCAGAGCCCACUGCCCAGUCUUCUGCUACCCCAGAGCGCACUGCCCAGUCUUCUGCUACCCCAGAGCCCACUGCCCAGUCUUCUGCUACCCCAGAGCCCACUGCCCAGUUUUCAGCUACCCCAGAGCCCACUACACAGUCUUCAGCUACCCCAGAGCCCACUGCCCAGUAUUCUUCUACCCCAGAAGCCACUGCCCAGUAUUCUUCUACCCCAGAGCCCACUGCCCAGUAUUCUUCUACCCCAGAGCCCACUGCCCAGUAUUCUUCUACCCCAGAUCCCACUGCCCAGUAUUCUGCUUCCCCAGAGCCCACUGCCCAGUAUUCUGCUUCUCCAGAGCCCACUGCCCAGUAUUCUGCUUCCCCAGAGCCCACUGCCCAGUAUUCUGCUUCCCCAGAGCCCACUGCCCAGUAUUCUGCUUCCCCAGAGCCCACUGCCCAGUCUUCAGCUUCCCCAGAGCCCACUGCCCAGUCUUCAGCCAACCCAGAGCCCACUGCCCAGUCUUCAGCCAACCCAGAGCCCACUGCCCAGUCUUCAGCUAACCCAGAGCCCACUAUCCAUUCUUCUGCUACCCCAGAGCCCACUACCCAGUCUUCAGCUACCCCAGAGCCCACUACCCAGUCUUCUGCUACCCCAGAACCUACAGUGACCCAGUCUUCUGCUACCCCAGAGCCCACAGUGACCCAGUCUUCUGCUACCCCAGAGCCCACUACCCAAUCUACAGCUACCCCAGAGCCAACUGCCCAGUCUUCUGCUACCCCAGAGCCCACUACCCAGUCUUCUGCUACCCCAGAGCCCACUACCCAGUCUUCUGCUAACCCAGAGCCCACUACACAGUCUUCUGCUACCCCAGAGCCCACUACCCAGUCUUCUGCUACCCCAGAGCCCACUGCCCAGUCUUCUGCUACCCCAGAGCCCACUACACAGUCUUCAGCUUCCCCAGAGCCCACUACACAGUCUUCAGCUACCCCAGAGCCCACUACCCAGUCUUCCGAAUCACUUAGAAAACAGAUGAUUGAAGAGGAAAAUGGUAAAGAUAGUGUACCGUCAAUAUCGACUACACCCCUCCUGGAUCUCCCCGCGAAGGCUGUCGGUAGCUUCACCAUGGAGCGCACAUUGCUGUUAGACACGCCUGUGUCAGUGGAAGGAGACAUUUCUCCAGCUGGAGAGUCAGAUGUUAAGAAGAAAGAGGGGCCAUGCGAUAUGAAGCGUCCUCCCAGUAGGGAGGCUGUAACUGAGGCAGAAAGGCCUCUGCGGGCUACUUUAGAGGAGGAAACUAAGGAGAAGGGGACAGAGGGAGUAGGCAUGAGCACAUUGGAGCCAACAAAGAAUACCUUGCAAACAGGAUCUGAGACGGCUGAGGGGUGGGGGAAGUCCAGUGACCUGGCUGUCCCAACAAGAUGCUCUAAGAAAGCUUCUCAGCCAUCCUCACCAGACACCACAACCCAGGGUAACAGCCAGGGUAACCCAGGCAGUGAAGAGCCACAGUCCAAUGGACAGACCGCAGCAGAUAAGGAGGUCCCUUCUGGUCAAGCGUCAGAUACGGUUGUUCCUCCUCGACGCAGCAAGAAGAAACCCCUUUCCUUUCCUGUGGUCUUCCAGGAAGUUGCCCCAGAGGCCUCCACUCCCCCUGCGGACAAGGACGAAGCCCAUGGGAAGGAUGUGUUCGUCCUCAGCCAGGAGAUGCCUGGUCCUCUGCCCAGUCCUGGUCUCGUGUCCUCCAGCAGGUCUUUACUGGAGUGGUGCCAGGUGGCUACACAGGGUUAUAAGGGAGUGAAGGUCACUAAUUUUAACACCUCCUGGCGUAAUGGUCUGGCUUUCUGUUCCAUCCUACACCACUUCUAUCCCGACAAGAUAGCUUUUGAGGCACUGGAACCCAACGAUAUCAAGUUAAACAACAAGAAGGCCUUUGAUGGCUUCGCUGCGCUGGGCAUCUCCCGACUGCUGGAGCCCUCAGACAUGGUGCUGCUCUCUGUGCCAGACCGCCUGAUCAUCAUGACUUACCUGAGUCAGAUCCGCACCCACUUUACAGGGCAGGAGCUGAGUGUUCUUCAGAUAGAGCACAACAGCAGCCAGUCCAGCUAUGCAGUGACUGAGCCCAGUGAGGGUUCUGAUGUGGAUGCUGCUGCUCGCUUCUGUGCCCGCAAGCUACAGGAAGGUAGCAUCUCCCUGGAGGACAGUGCUACAGAACAGGCGCCCAAUGGGAGCAUAGUGCCACCCCCCCGGACUAAACGGGUGACAAAAGUGGAAGAGAAGGGAAGCGGAGCUGGGGAUUUGGAUGGGAGAACGGGAGAGACACAGACCCCCGUGCCUCCACCCAGGUCACACACCUCUGCAGCCAAAUCAGGAUUUGGUCACGUAAGAGACGCCGACCUGGUGAAGAAAAGGCGCUUGCGGCUGAAGAGUGAGUCCAUGGAUGAAGGGGAUGUGGUGGAGCAGCAGAGUAGCACAUCUAAGAGCACAGAGUCAGCUGAAAGUGUAUCAGACAGAGAAGUGAAGAAUGUCUCCUCAGAAUCCGAGUCAAGGAGCCCAGCACAAGUUCAGGAGUCCAGUGUCCCAAGCCAGGAGGAGGAUACUCUGGACACCAGUCAGUAUGUGCUGAGUGAGCUGCAAGCCCUGGAGACUGAACAGAAGCACAUCGACAACCGAGCAGGCAUCGUGGAGAGGAGACUCAGAAGACUGAUGGAAUCAAGUAGCGACCGUGAUGAAGAAGAGAAACUGAUCCAGGAGUGGUUCACUCUGGUCAACAAGAAGAACGCCCUGAUCAGGAGACAGGAUCAUCUGGAGCUGCUGCAGGAGGAGGAGGACUUGGAGAAACGAUUUGAACUACUGAAUAGAGAACUUAGAGCCAUGAUGGCCAAUGAAGAGUGGCAGAAGACUAAGGCCCAGCAGCACCGGGAGGAGCUCCUACUGCAGGAACUGGUCUCUCUGGUCAACCAGCGGGACGAGCUGGUCAGGGACUUGGACGCCAAGGAGAGAGGGGCCGUUGAGGAGGAUGAGCGUUUGGAACGGGGGCUGGAGCUUAGACGCAGGAACUUCAGCAACAAAGACAAGUGUGUGCUGCAGUGAGAGUAGGGACGACAAUGACAAAUAGCGCAGUGCCUUAAAUACCAACCCAUCUAGAACUAAACCUCCUCAAUCUCUGCUUCAAACCAAGCUCUCAGUCACCAGCAAUAUGAAACACUCCUAGACAAACAUGUCACCACUUCAACAAAUCCUUAACUGGGAUUUUGGGACUGAUCGUUAAUAAACAAUUAUACCCCCGGGGGUGCUGGGGCUGUGUGCCUUCCCUUUUGGAGAUACUUGAAGAAAUAAAUCCCUCUGUACCUUGAGGUAAGAGACUCUGGGAAGGUCGCCCAUCCAUGGAGUACUUUUGAUUGAGAAACGAGGACCUUUCCAAUUCAGUCUGUCAAUGUGCCUUACUCUGUCAUUCAAAAGACAGAAAGCCCACUGUACAAACAGAUGUGUUGUGUACUUUUUAGACUGCCAUGAAGCAAAGAGGUUCAGAUGUAUAGGCCAUAAUGUUUACUUUUAUGUCUAUAAACAUCUCACUGAUCUCAUCAACAAUAUGAGAGAACUUUGCCUGAAUGCUUUGAUGGAACUGGCUAUGAAAUGAACGGUCUGGUGUUUAGACACCAAAUAAAUCAGUCCUCUGUGUAUACAGGAGGGUUUGGUAACAUCAGGCCUCUUUGUAUACAGGAGUGUUUGGUAACAGCAGGCCUCUGUGUAUACAGGAGUGUUUGGUAACAUCAGCUCUGUGUAUACAAUAGUGUUUGGUAACAUCAGCUCUGUGUACACAGGAGGGUUUGGUAACAUCAGGCCUCUGUGUAUACAGGAGGGUUUGGUAACAUCAGGCCUUUGUGUAUACAGGAGGGUUUGGUAACAUCAGCUCUGUGUAUACAGGAGGGUUUGGUAACAUCAGGCCUCUGUGUAUACAGGAGGGUUUGGUAACAUCAGCUCUGUGUAUACAGGAGGGUUUGGUAACAGCAGCUCUGUGUAUACAGGAGGGUUUGGUAACAGCAGCUCUGUGUAUACAGGAGGUUUGGUAACAUAAUUUCUGUGUAUACAGGAGGGUUUGGUAACAUCAGGCCUCUGUGUAUACAGGAGGGUUUGGUAACAUCAGCUCUGUGUAUACAGGAGGGUUUGGUAACAUCAGGCCUCUGUGUAUACAGGACUGUUUGGUAACAGCAGCUCUGUGUUUUACUUUGGACCCAGAUGUUUGAUGAAAGACUCAAGUUUAUGAGAGUAUCAUGUCUUGAUGACUUCUGGUGAUGACUUGUAAUUGUGUUUUUAUCAAUCUUUCUAUUAUUUAUGGAUUGGACAUGUGCAUGAGAAAUGUUUGGGUUAGGUGUGUCAUAUUACAAGUGGCAUGAACAGUCAGAUCUAACCAGAAAUGAAAGAAAAAGAUAAUAGUGAAUAAAGGUGAAACUAGUUGUAGACAGAAGCUAGUAGUCCUACUUGGAAAACAUACAUACCAUCCUGUAUAUAAUACUGUAUGUCCCUCUAUUAUUCUCAGUCUCCCAAGUGGUGCAGCGGUCUAAGGCACUGCAUCUCAGUGCUAAAAGUGUCACUACAGACCCUGGUUCGAUUCCAGGCUGUGUCACACCUGGCUGUGAUUGGGUGGCACAACAUUUUCCCAGUGUUGUCCGAGUUAGGGUUUGGCAGGGGUAGGCCAUCAUUAUAAAUAAGAAUUUGUUCUUAAGACUUGCCUAGUUAAAACAAAUUUAAAUGAAUUACCUGGCACUGCAGAUCUUUUAUUUUAUUUUAGCAAAGACCUUUAUUCUCUGUCAAAUUGACUAGUAUUAAUAGUCAACAUUUACCAAUGGCUUGUUCGAUGUUAUGUGCUAUUUAUCAUAGAUGAUGAUUACUAUUAUUCAUGGUGUUAUUAAUAUUAUUAUUUUCUUCUAUUUUUUUCAACUAUUUCAAUUUUUGUUUUGUUUUCUGCAUUGUUGGAAAGGGCCCUUAAGUAAGCGUUUCAUUGUUAGUCAACACUUCUUUUUUUUUACGAAACAUGUGACAUAUUUUUUUGGGGGGGGUAGAUCUGAAAAUGUAAUGAUGUGACAAUAAAGUAUUACUUUGUCCAAGCCUCUUUUUAAAAAGGAUACGCAAUGUUUUGUUUAAACCUGUGAAUGAUACAUAAUACAUUUUAAGAGUUUGUUUGAAUAUGGUUUAUCUAAUUUGUUGUCAUAUUAAAUCAUGUGGUACUUCUUCACUU